AUGGGCACGGACGACCGCGGUCUGGCCGAGCCCGUGGGCGCCGUCAAGGAGGAGGGCAUCCUCGACGACGAGGAGACGUCGCCGAUCGAGGAGGUGCGGCUGACGGUGCCGACGACGGACGACCCGUCGCUGCCGGUGUGGACGUUCCGGAUGUGGAGCAUCGGGCUGCUGUCGUGCGCGCUCAUGAGCUUCCUCAACCAGUUCUUCUCCUACCGGACGGAGCCGCUCAUCGUGACGCAGAUCACGGUGCAGGUGGCGUCGCUGCCCGUGGGUCACUUCAUGGCCCGGGUGCUGCCGCGCACCAGGUUCCGGGCGCCGGAGAUGCUGGGCGGCGGUGAGUGGAGCCUCAACCCGGGCCCCUUCAACAUCAAGGAGCACGUGCUCAUCUCCAUCUUCGCCAACGCCGGCUUCGCGUUCGGCGUUGGGAGUGCCUACGCCGUCGGCAUCAUCAACAUCAUCCGCGCCUUCUACCAACGCCAAAUCUCCUUCUUCACCGCCUGGCUCCUCGUGCUUGGGUACGGAUGGGCAGGGCUGAUGCGCAAGUAUGUGGUGGAACCGGCGCACAUGUGGUGGCCGAGCACGCUCGUCCAGGUCUCCCUCUUCCGGUGA